ACCGCCGUUAUCGGCUCACCGUCGGACUGUAUCUUCCACCGCUGAAAAAGCUCAAGCAGUACCAAGGCCUUGUUUGGAUGACCCAAAAUUUAUUCGUUACUAAUUGAAUUUAUCGAUUAUUCAUUUAUAAUGGCUUUUGAGCAAAGCGAAGAGCUCUUUACUUGAGCUUUUUCAUGUAGAAGAAUGUGGAGAACCGCCCGGAAUCGACGUCUCUGGCUUGGUACCAGACAGUACUCCAGAAUUCGUCCACCGCCGCCGGCUGGGGCCCAGCCCAUUAUUCGAGUUUCCAACAACGUAGCCCGAUUGGGCGGCCCAAAAGAAGGCCCAAAGCCUCGCCAACUUCUAUCUUUGCCUCCUUUCCCCGGACUCCCUUUGCCGGGAAAAAACUCGGUGACCGUUCCAGGACGAUCCCCACAUGUCACCGCCAUUAGCUGGGUUAAGUAUUACUUUGAUGAGCUUCUUGACAAUGCCGUUCAGUCUCAUUUCAACAAGGGUCUUGUUCAGAUAAAGAGCUCAAAUUUUAGUGACUCCUUGAGUGAUAAGGAUGGAAAAGCAAACCCAAUGAUGAAGAUAAAGCCCAAUGAUGUCAUGGAGGAAGGGACCAGAGUUUAUGUACCUGUGUCAGUAGCAGAGAGUAGGAUUUCCAGGAGAUUUGAUACUAUUCCAAGUGGAACACUAUACCCAAAUGCUGAUGAGAUAGCGUACUUGCAAAGGCUUGUUCACUACAAGGACUCUGCUAUACUUGUUCUGAACAAGCCUCCAAGAAUGCCGGUUAAGGGACAUCUACCAGUUCAUAACAGCAUGGAUGCAUUGGCAGCAGCAGCACUAUCUUAUGACUAUGACGAAGGCCCUAAGUUGGUUCAUCGUCUUGAUAGAGAGAGUAGUGGCCUCCUAUUGAUGGGAAGAACAAAGGAGAGCAUAAACCAUCUAGAGUGGCUAUUCAGUGAUGCCAAAAUGAGAUCCUCGUGUAAGGCUUGGAACAAAGCAUGUGAUGCUACAUAUCAGAGGUAUUGGGCAUUGGUCAUAGGGUCUCCCAAGGAAAAGGAAGGCUUUAUUUGUGCUCCUCUUUCUAAGGUGCUUCUUAAUGAUGGAAAGACAGAAAGGGUCAUCAUAGCUCAUCAAUCAGGUUUUGAGUCUUCUCAAGAAGCAAUAACUGAAUAUCGCAUGCUCGGACCAAUGAUAAAUGGAUGCUCGUGGCUUGAGCUGCGUCCGCUUACUAGUCGGAAGCAUCAGCUCCGUGUCCAUUGUGCCGAAGCUCUUGGCACGCCAAUUGUGGGUGACUAUAAAUAUGGAUGGUUUGUGCACCAAAGAUGGAAACAAAUGCCUCGUGUUGAUAUUGAGCCGACGACCGGUAAGCCUUACAAGUUGCGCAGGCCAGAAGGACUCAAUGUUCAGAAGGGAAGUGUUCUAUCGAAGGUCCCUUUGUUGCAUCUGCACUGUAGAGAGCUUGUGCUCCCCAACAUUGCUAAAUUCCUUCUAGUUUUUGAUAGAAAAUCAGAGAACCGGGACCCUGCACUUAGCUCAAAGCCAGAUCUUCUUCGGUUUGUGGCACCUAUGCCAUCCCACAUGAAAAUUAGUUGGAAUCUUAUGUCAUCCUAUUUAGUUUAAAGAUUGCCAGACUGGUUUCUAGAGUCUGCUUUAAACAACAGCUUACAAGAUAGUCCUAGAUUGAUAUUUUGUACCCAAAUCUGAAUUGUUAGGAUUUUGAAUCGAGCUUUUGUUACUAUUACAAUUUUGUAUAUCUAAACUCCCCAACAAUUUUGUAAAUUGGUUUGGCAUAGAUAAGAAUGUUGUAGUUAGUGGUUGGCAAUUUUUUAGUGGACAAAUUUUGUCAGCAUAA